AUGGGCCCAGUUGUAAUCGAAGUGCUGGCCGUUUGUUUCGUCACGGCGCUAUCAACGAUAUUGUCCGUCGCGCUCUGGCCUCUGCGUCUAUUCCUGUACAAUUGGAACCUCCCGGACAGUAUAAAAUGCAAUGUUGAUAAGAUUAAGCACAUAUCACAUCUAGUUCCUAUGGCGGAAGGAUCUGCAGAGAUGAAGAUGUUUUUGAUACUUCUUAACAUAGGUCUAACUUUCGCUGACAAGUUAGACCGGACAUAUCUACCUCCUCCUGGUUCUGUUGACUCAGGUGGCAGUCCUGGAGCUAUAAAUGUUCCAUUCGAACUACCAGAAACUAAUUAUAGCUCUAAGGAGAGAGGGUUUUCUAAAAGACCAGAACUAGUCAUUGGGAUUGAUAGAGCUGGUCCUUAUCAAGAAGAUAACACUUUUAGAAAGGAAAUAUCACCAUCGGAUAAUUUUAAUUCUUUUAACUCUCUUACAGAAAUAGUGCCUUCAAUUAUGGAUCAAUUUUCACAAUUUCCAGAAGCAGACAAAGAUCCUUCACCAAACUCUGUAGUUUAUCAUAAUGCUGAUCAUCCAUUAAAUGGUUUUGAUAUUUCUCAGCAAUUUCAUAAUUUUGAAAAACAUCCGAUAAUUGAUGAACAUAAUAGAGUUUAUUUGCCACCUUUCAUCGAUAACAUGAAACACACACUUUCCAGUGUUAUCCCAUCACUAGUUAACAUUGAGAAUGAUUUAAGUAAUGAAUAUAAAUAUACCCAACAUGAGCAGCUUAGCGACGAACAUUUAUCAUCGUUGUAUUCUAUUAAUCAACCAUUUUAUGACCCAACUUCUUCUGAUCCCUCAAUUAUAACACCAAAUCAUUCUUCUAUUGACAUGAAAUCUAAUGACUAUCAAAUUGUUCCUACUAAUUUUAUUAAAACCAUCGACAGUAAAAAAAAUAUCUUUGACAAGAUCAGUAUCCAAAAACCAGAAAGAAUUCAUGCUGAGUUUGACAGAAAGGCAUUGAUCAUUAAUUAUGGCCAAACAAUAAACCCUGAUGGUUACGCUUAUGGUUAUGAUACAUCGAAUGGAAUACGUGCUGAAGAAGAAGGAACAGCCACAAACGGUGUAAAAGCAAAAGGAUCUUAUUCGUACAUAGGAGACGAUGGAAAUGUUUAUGAAGUAACAUACACCGCAGAUGAAAAUGGUUUUUUACCUAAAGGGGCUCAUUUGCCGACAGCGCCACCAAUACCAGAUAUCAUUUUAAAAGUUAUAGAACAAGCCGUAAGAGACAAGGAAGCUGGAGUUUAUGACGAUGGAUCUUAUGAUGAAGAAAAAUAUGGCCAUAAAAAGUACCAAGACAGGUAUCCACAAACCAAUAAUAACAUAAAUGCUGAUUUUGUAUCAGAAAAUGGAAUAAAUAAUGCAAAGAAUUAUGAGUUUUUUGAAAAUGAAGAAUCACAGGGACUAAAAAGAAUAAUAGGAGAAAACUUCAAUAAAUUUGAAAAUAACGCUAACUCUAGAGUAAUACCGAAUAAAAUCCAGAAUAGCACGCUAGAAAAUGAUAGCAAAAGGAACAGUGACUUACAAAAUAUUAAUAAAUCAAACACAAAUUUGAAUAAAAACGAUUACGAGCUCUCAUUACAACAACCUGAAAAUAAAUCAUUAUCUAAUGAACAAACUACUUCUUUUGAAAACACAGAUCUCACUAUAUCAGAUAAAGAUUACAUUAUAAACCAGAACAAGCCAUCAGGUUAUGAGUAUUUUGCACCAACAAACGCAUUUUUAGACACUAAUAAUUUACAAUCAUUCCCACCAAGAUUUCUUGGAAUACAGCAAGAUUUUCAUAGGGAAUCACAACAAAAUAACCUCGAAAAAGUAGCAGCAAAACCUUUCUUAACGCCGUACGUAUCACGUAAAGGCGAUGACUCAGAAGUAAAGGAUUUCGAUGAAGAAGGAGAUCACCAAAAUAAUGAUGACGAUCCCAUUCACUCAAACUAUUUACAGAAAACUAUUGAGCCCAUAGAGUUAUUAACUAAUGCAGAUGAACCAAUUAAUUCCUUGAAGUUUAUACCUGGACAGCAACCACAGUUUGGGAAGAGAAUACAGAACCAACUUGUUUCACCUGAUAAAGAAGUUUAUUAUUACCAAAAUGCCAAUAAACCUACAAUAACUCUUAACCCAAGAGUAUCUUAUACUUCCACAGCUACACCUACAGAACUUCCAAGUCUUAUAAGUACCACUCAACAGGUUACUCGUACUUUUGGAAGAGAUCAAACAGCUUUUCAAACCAAAACAUCACCAUUAAUUGACACUUCUUCAACCAAAUCCCCACUUUUAUCAUUACCAACGCAAACAACGAGUUCUAUUUCAUUAAACGAAUCAAAGUCUGCCUACCCUGGUGCUGAUUUAAUAUCAACACCAAAAAGUGUACAAACUUCAAGACCUGGAUUAGUAACAGAUGUUCCCAUAUUUAGUAUGACGCCAAAACCUAGUACUAGUAUAACUAAUUAUCCAGAUUUUAACAAUGGAGUAACAAGUACUGAAAGUGUAUUUGGAGAAGAUUUUAGUGGUCCUAAACAACCUCAACAGUUUGAUCAUAUCACUGGAUAUCAUUAUUAA